AUGGAUGAUGGUUAUAGAAAUAAUCCAAAUCUCUACCACGGAGCAAGGGAUAUAGCUAGAGAGGCAAAUCGGCAGUCUAGGAACCAAGGAAUGGAUGAUUAUAGGUAUCAGGAUGGCAACUAUGAAGGGUAUACACAAAAUGACAGCUAUUACCGUAGAGAUGAAUCCAAUCAGGAUGAAGAUGCCCAGAGUGAUGCUACUGAAGGUCAUGAUGAAGAUGAUGAAAUCUAUGAAGGGGAGUACCAGGGCAUUCCCCACCCAGAUGACAUUAAGACAAAGCAGAAGAAGAAAUCUCCCUCCAGGUCUGAUGAUUAUAGAGACCAGAAAGAUCUCAUAGCAGAACGAUUGGAGGAUGAAGAGCAGCUGGCUCACCAGUAUGAGAAUAUCAUUGAAGAAUGUGGUCAUGGUCGUUUCCAAUGGACACUCUUUUUUGUUUUAGGCUUGGCCCUGAUGGCUGAUGGGGUAGAAGUUUUUGUGGUGGGUUUUGUUCUUCCUAGUGCAGAGAAGGACAUGUGUCUAUCCAGUUCCAACAAAGGGAUGCUAGGGCUGAUAGUCUACUUGGGAAUGAUGGCUGGGGCCUUCAUCUGGGGUGGCCUGGCAGAUAAGCUUGGGAGGAAGAAAGUCCUUGGCAUGUCUCUUGCGAUCAACGCCUCCUUUGCUUCCCUCUCCUCUUUUGUGCAGGGCUAUGGCUUCUUCCUCUUCUGCCGCCUUAUCUCUGGUAUAGGGAUCGGGGGGUCUCUCCCCAUUGUAUUUGCCUAUUUCUCUGAAUUCUUAUCUCGUGAGAAGAGGGGUGAACACCUUAGUUGGCUCUGCAUGUUCUGGAUGAUUGGAGGAAUUUAUGCUUCAGCAAUGGCCUGGACCAUUAUUCCGCACUAUGGUUGGGGCUUCAGCAUGGGAACCAAUUAUCAUUUCCACAGUUGGAGGGUGUUUGUGAUUGUCUGUGCUCUUCCAUGCAUGGCAUCCAUGGUUGCCCUAAAAUUCAUGCCAGAGAGCCCACGUUUUCUACUAGAGAUGGGUAAACAUGAUGAAGCCUGGAUGAUUCUCAAGAAUGUGCAUGACACUAAUAUGCGGGCCAAGGGGACACCUGAGAAAGUAUUCACAGUUUCUCACAUCAAAACCCCCAAGCAAAUGGAUGAGUUCAUUGAAAUACAAAGCUCAACAGGAACUUGGUACCAACGCUGGCUGGUCAGAUUGACCACUACUUUUAAACAGGUCUGGGACAAUGCCUUAUACUGUGUGAUGGGUCCAUACAGAAUGAAUACACUGAUUCUGGCUGUGGUUUGGUUUUCUAUAGCUCUGAGUUACUAUGGCUUAAUUGUUUGGUUCCCCGACAUGAUUCGCCACAUUCAAGAUGAAGCUUAUAAGUCCAAAGAGAAGGUCUUCAAACACGAGCAUCUGGAACAUGUCACAUUCAACUUUACUCUGGAAAACCAGGUGCACGAACAUGGGAGGUUCUUCAAUGAUAAGUUCUAUAAGAUGAAAUUAAAGAAUGUAAUCUUCGAGACUUCCUUCUUUGAUGAAUGCUAUUUUGAAGAUGUCGUAUCUCCUGGGACUUUCUUCAAAAAUUGCACUAUUGAAUCAACUGUCUUCUAUAAUACAGAUCUCUAUCAUCAUAAAUUCAUUGGUUGCCGGUUCAUCAACACUACCUUUAUGGAACAGAAGGAGGGAUGCCACUUGGACUUUGAAGAAGACAAUGACUUUCUCAUCUACCUUGUUAGUUUCCUUGGCAGUCUGUCUGUAUUGCCAGGCAACAUUAUAUCAGCUCUGCUCAUGGACAAAAUUGGGAGAAUCAAGAUGAUUGGUGGUUCCAUGCUGAUAUCGGCAGUCUGCUGCUUCUUCCUAUUUUUUGGCAACAGUGAGUCUGCGAUGAUUGGCUGGCAGUGCCUGUUCUGUGGUGCCAGUAUUGCCGCCUGGAAUGCACUAGAUGUGAUUACAGUAGAGCUAUAUCCCACUAACAAAAGAGCAACGGCUUUUGGUAUCCUCAACGGCAUCUGUAAAUUUGCAGCCAUUUUGGGAAAUUCCAUCUUUGCUUCCUUUGUAGGGAUAACCAAAGUGGUACCCAUCCUCUUGGCUUCCUCUUCUCUGGUUGGGGGAGGUCUGAUUGCCCUUCGAUUGCCAGAGACUCGAGAACAGGUCUUGAUGUGA